AUGGCGAUGAAGAAUGAUACAAUUACCACAUGGACAGGUGAGAGUGGUCUUCCUGGAGAUUAUAAAGUGAAACAAGGAAGGAGGAGAAAUCAUGUUUGGAGGGAGGAUGCUAUUGUGGCAGAAAUCAACCAUGCCAUUGGCAGAGAAGGCAUUGUUAUUAAAGAAUGCAAAACCAUAGCAUCUUGUACGGGAAUUGCUACUAUAACUGACAAAGAUUAUGGGGAAGAACCAAGAGCUUGCAGUGUCAAUGCUAUGUGUUAUGCCUGUAAGGCAGCUAUAGUAUGGGCUCACAAUCAACUUUCUCAAAAUCAGACAAAGAUCAAGAUAUUGAACUAUGUCAAUGAGCUUUGUGACCAAUUGCCAAGCCCAAAUGGACAAGCUUCUAUGGACUAUGACAAAAUGUCGAGCAUGCCAGCUAUCUCCUUUACAAUUGGGGAUACAAAAUUUGACCUCACACCAGAGCAGUACAUUCUUAAAAUUGGUGAGGGAUCUACAACACAAUGUAUAAGUGGCUUCACUGGAUUGGAUGUGCCUCCUAUUAGAGGACCUAUCUGGAUUCUUGGAGAUAUUUUCAUUGGUGUUUACCACACUAUGUUCGAUUUUGGAAACAAUAGAGUUGGGUUUGCUGAAGUAGUUUAA